AAGACCAGGAUCAAAGAAACCGGCAAGACCAUCAUCAUUGGCUCAGUCCCUCCCCCACACUCAGAGCGCCAUGGCCACCACCACCGAGAACCACCCCCCUUCUCUCAAGAUCUACGCCGGUGCCGACGCCUUCGGCUGCGACCUCAAGGACGCCCUUCUCUCCCACCUCCGCUCCAAACCAGGAAUCGAGGUCAUCGACCUUGGCACCGACAAGUACUACACCAUCGCCGAGCGCAUCGGCCACAACGUCAGCUCCGCCGCCGGCAAAACAACCUCCGGAUCCGAAACCCGCGGCCUCCUCGCCUGCGGCACCGGCGUCGGCGUCUCCAUCUUCGCCAACAAGUUCCCGCGCGUCUACGCUGCCACAUGCACUUCUGUCGAUGAAGCGGUCAACACUAGAUCCAUCAAUGAUUGCAACGUCCUCUCCGUCGGCGGCAUGGGCACCAAAGCUGAAGAGGGAGUCCGGAUCCUUGAUGCCUGGCUUCAAACCCCUUUCAAAGCCCCUUGCCCUGCCUCCGGCGGUGCACCCUGGCCGGAGGACAUCCAGGCUUUCUUUGAUACCUCCACUCAGGAAAUGGCUCGCAUCCCUUCCUCCGUAUCCAACUGCGCCAUCUGCUGUCUCCGCAAGGGGAUGGAGUUCGAGCCAGUGGGGAUCAUGCCUGGCGGUGAGAUGAAGAUCGUGAGAGAGAGCCCUACUUCGGCGAUUCUUAAGUUUACGGCGGGGAGUGUUGAACCUGCUCACCAUCACACGUUCGGUCAUGAUUUGUUGGUGAUAAAGGGGAGGAAGAAGGUGUGGAAUCUCACCAAGGGUGAAGCGUAUGAAUUGCUGGAAGGGGACUUUCUCUUCACCCCAGCUGGGGAUGUGCAUCGUGUGAAGUACUUUGAGGAUACUGAAUUCUUCAUCCGUUGGGAUGGGGAUUGGGAUAUCUUCCUGGAUGAGGACCUCAAAGCUGCUGCUGAUGCUAUUGAGAAGGAACUUGGAGGGAACAAGUGAAAUGGUACAUUCUCAAACCUUACUGCGGCUGCUUCUGUUGUUGUUGUGGUUGUUCUUCGUAUCAUCUUGCUUAUGCUGAAUACAUAUUGUAUUGCUGUGUCUUGAUGUGCGGCUGCUGCUGCUGCUGUUGUUGUGGUUCUUCUUAUCAUCUUGCUUGUGCUAUAUAUAUAUAUAUAUAUAUAUAUAUAUAUAUUGUAUUGCUGUGUCUUGAUGUGAUGAUAAGACUUUUUGAUCGCUUUGCUUUCUGUAUUUUGGGUUCUUAUUGACUUAGAAUAAAUAAUAAAAACCCAGGAAAUAUACCGCUUUUGAUGUCUAA